GGUUCAACACCGGAAGUGGAACAGAGGACGCGUGACUUUUGUGAUUCACUCAGAAUUUUAUUUAGAUAAACUGCAUUUUAAAGCGUUUUUAUUGUCGAAUGACUACGCCACAGCUGAGGAUGGAUUCUCCAACAUUUAUUUUACCAAAUUAAGAAAAAUCGAGCGAAAGGAAGCGUUAUAUUAGCCCAUUUGUGCGCUCUUAUCGCCUGGACACAUUGGAUCAGAUGACAACAUUUACAACUUGUAUCUUUAUUUUACGGACAAAUCAUACAGUGUCACCUGCCCUAUGGGAUAAUGAAAAGGAAAUGUUGUUACACGCAGGGUAAUUCAUUAGAUUAUUAUUAGAUUAUUGUUUAAUUAUCACUGCAGCACCAUGCCUUUGUCAGACUUUCUGGAUGGUCUGAAGGACAAUCCGUACUUUGGAGCUGGAUUCGGGCUGGUGGGAGUGGGCACAGCGCUGGCACUGGCGCGGAAAGGAGCGCAGGUGGGGAUGGUGUUUUUCCGCAGGAAUUACAUGAUCACGUUGGAGGUCCCCAGUCGAGAUAAGAGCUACCACUGGCUCUUGAGCUGGAUCACCAAACACGCGCGUCACACUCAGCACCUCAGCGUAGAGACGUCAUAUCAGGCCCACGAGAGCGGACGGGUGCACACGCAGUUUGACUUCCACCCCAGCCCCGGGAACCACAUCAUCUGGUAUGGGAGGAAGUGGAUCCGAGUGGAGAGGACCAGAGAGAAGCAGAUGGUGGACCUGCACACGGGGACGCCCUGGGAGUCGGUCACCUUCACCGCUUUGGGACGAGAUCGCCAAAUAUUCUUCAACAUCCUCCAAGAAGCUCGGGAGUUGGCCUUGAAGCAGGAGGAGGGCAGGACGGUCAUGUACACGGCGAUGGGAGGAGAGUGGAGGCCUUUCGGGUUCCCUCGUCGCCGCAGACCCCUGAGCUCCGUGGUCCUGGAGAGAGGGGUGACCGACCGCAUCGUACAAGACGUCAAAGACUUUAUAGGCAACCCACGAUGGUACACAGACAGAGGGAUCCCGUACAGAAGAGGCUACCUCCUGUACGGCCCUCCUGGCUGUGGGAAGAGCAGUUUCAUCACAGCUCUGGCGGGUGAGCUCGGAUACAGCAUUUGCCUGAUGAGUUUGAGUGACAGGACCCUCUCGGACGACAGACUCAACCAUCUCCUGAGCGUAGCCCCACAACAAAGUAUAAUCCUGUUGGAGGACGUGGACGCAGCAUUUGUGAGCAGAGAACUACUGCCUUCAGAGAACCCUUUGGCGUUCCAGGGCAUGGGCCGGCUCACGUUCAGUGGUCUGUUAAACUCUUUGGACGGAGUAGCUUCAUCUGAGGCACGGAUCGUCUUCAUGACCACCAACUACAUCGAACGCUUGGACGCGGCGCUGAUCCGGCCCGGUCGCGUGGAUUUAAAGCAGUACAUCGGCCACUGCUCGCACUACCAGCUGGCCCAGAUGUUCGGACGCUUCUACCCGGAGACGCCUCACUCUGACGGGGACAGGUUUGCGCAGGACGCCCUCAGUGUCCACCCGGAGAUCAGCGCCGCGCAAGUCCAAGGACACUUUCUGCUGCAUAAAACCGACCCACAGGGGGCGAUAAACAAUGUGAGGGAAAUCAAGGAGUGAACGGAGCAGAUGGAGAGCAAUUUAAUAAAAAAAUAUGAAUGGUAAAAUGAAUCUGUGCGUUUAGUUUAUGGGAAAAAAAUUAGAAAACUAUUUGUAUUUUGUUUGUCUUACUAUUUGUACUAUUUAUUGUAUUCUCACACGAGCAGUCUGUGGUAAAAGCUGCCAAAUACUAUUGAGACUGUACGAUAUAAUAUUCAUUUUACACAUUUCACAGGUAAAAUCACUAAUACAGAAUUUACACA